GCGCAGUGAUGCGGAAACAGAGGGACUGAGUUCUCCAGACCACCUGUUUAAAUAAAAUAACAAUCAAACAGAAAAAACAUAAAGCUCUGCAUGCCAUAUGUUAAUUAUAGUCAAACGCUUGUUUUGUCUGUAAGUUAUUAGCUCCUUAGCAUCACAUAAGCCAAAAUGACCUGCUUUGUAACCAUUCAUUUAACUCUAUUAACUGUCUGUGUUAUCAUUUAAAAAGAUGGAGCCAAAGCACAGAGAGCUCCUCCGAGCUCAGAGGCUCUAUCUGUGUGAGCAGCUCAUAGUGGAUGAUACGGUAGUCCAGUAUUUGUAUCAGGAGGACAUUUUAACCGAGUGCCAAGUGGAGGAAAUUCAGUCACAGAAGUCUAACAAAAACAAGACGUUAAUGCUGCUUAGUGCUUUUAAUGUGUUUGUAGAAUCCCUCCAGCAGGACUUUCCCUGGAUUAAAGAGAAGCUACUGCUUUUAGCUGAGAGUGAUGAUGAUGGGGGAAGGGGAACAGAGCUGUCCAACACCACCGCUCAGUGGGCCAUUCCUGAACAUGUCCUCCAAAUGGUUCCAUCUGAUCAGCAACUAAAUAGGCUGGCGGCUCGGCUCGGCUUGGAGUGGGAAAUGGUGAUGCUGGAUUUGGGCUUGACAUCGGUGGACAUCUCCCGCUGCCGUGCAGAUCAUCCUCACAGCAGUCAUAGUCAGGUGCUGGCAGCUCUGGUGAUGUGGAAGCAGACUCAGGGUCGGAGAGCUACAGUCCAGCAUCUACUCCAGAACCUACAGAAUUCAGAAAUUCAUCCUUCUGUCCUCAAACAAAUCUUUGUCUGAGGCUACUAAGACUAAAACUCUGUGCCCAAAUGGAAAAAUGAACACACACAGUAGCUGUAUGUUUCAUACAGAGAAGUGUUGAAGAAAGCCAGAAAUUCUUUUUUUUUCUCGCUACUUUGUAAUUUUCUUUCCAUGAUAGAUGGCUGUGCUCUGUAUUGCUGAUAUAUAAAAUGUAUUCAAUAUGUACCAGGGUUCCCGCGGGUCCUUAAAAAGUCUUAAAGGAACAGUCCA